UUUGUUUUGUGUCGACUUGUGUGCGUUAACAGUGAAAUCGGUUUGCUCUAGGGUCGUAAUUGUUCGGAGUCAGUCAACGCUGAUGUCGAGUUGAGUGCUACCCGUGAACGAGCUCAACAGCAUUGACUUUAAACGAGAUAUGGCUGACUACAGCUUAGUGCGUCGCGGGAAGCUUGUGCUGAAGGGCCGCGCAACGAAGAAGCACAAGAGUAAAAACAAGUCGAAGCAGAGUUCCAGUGGUGGCGACGAAAGGAUGGAAAGUGAGGACACCGUCAACCACGGAGGCUGGUGGGAGCUGAAGGCGUUCGAAGAGUACACGGGUCCCAUAGCCAUUGAGUUCAGCCCGUACUGCUACAUGUCCUCGCGGGAUGAUGGCUUGUUCGUACUCGGUGGUCCUCAUCCACUCGGUGAAGGCCCAGUUCCAGAAGAAAUAUUAACAGCUGUCAAACUCUCUGACACAAAGAUAGCCUUGAAAUCUGGCUAUGGGAAGUACCUUUCUGUCCAGCCAGAUGGUACAGUUGUGGGGCGGUCAGAUGCCAUAGGCCCACUUGAGCAGUGGGAACCAGUCUUUCAAGAUGGCAAAGUAGCCCUUCAAGCCAGCAAUAACUGCUUCGUCACAGUAGUGGAUGGUACAGACAUAAAAGCCAAUUGCCGUUCAGCAGGCAGCGAUGAAAUGAUUAAGGUCCGUGCUGUGGCUAAAGCCGAUACAUCAAAGGAAAAAGAUGUUCCCGAAGAGGAGAGAGGGUCCUUGGGAGAAUGUGAAGUAAAUUAUGUGAAAAAGUUCCAGAGCUUCCAAGAUAGAAAACUCCGUGUGAGUCAGCAAGACCGAAAGGACCUGAAAAGAGCCAGAAUCGAGGGUUCUCUCCACGAAGCUUUGUUGGAUCGACGAUCGAAAAUGAAAUCUGACAAGUUUUGUAAAUAACUUGAGUGUAUGAUAGCUGCAUAUCUUGCGAUAAAAGAUGCUGUACUGGCUUGUGUGAGCACUUGCUACACACACAAAAAAAAGGAAA